AUGGAUAGACUCGACGUUCUUAUUGUUGGUGCAACCGGCUUCACAGGGAAGCAUGCAGUGAAAAAUUUAAUUGAAAUCUUAAAAGGCUCUCCUGAUUUGUCUGUUUCCUGGGGCAUAACAGGACGCUCUAAAGAGAAACUAGACAAUGUUCUAUCGGAACUUGAGGAAAUUGGCGAAACAAAGACGAAUGUUACUGUUAUAAAAUGCGACGUUGAAAAAGAUGAUUUACGUGAUGUCACCGGAAGAGCUAAAGUCGUGAUCAACUGUACCGGACCCAACACAAUUCUCAGUGAGCCCAUCGUAAGGGCUUGUGUGGAAACUAAAACUCACUAUGUAGAUAUAUCAGCAGAAUUGUAUCAUAUGAUACAUUUGUAUCGGAUUUACCACAAAGUUGCAGAGGAAGCUAAUGUUCUUAUAGUUCCAGCUUGUGGUUUUGCCGCUGUACCAGUUGAGACCGGAAUAGCCUAUCUAGAAAAAAAAUUUAAUGGAACUCUUAAUACAGUUGAAGGCUAUUUUGACAUAAUUUUACCUAAACGGGCAAACUUCCCGGGUAAAUGUGUCAUACAUUUUGGAACAUGGGCAUCUCUAGUUCAAGAACUGCAGAAUUUAAGAGAAUACCAGCGCUUGAAAGCGGAAACAUUUCCUCAGAAUAUUUAUAUUCCAGAACCGCCAGGAUUCAAAAGGUCAUUUUUCCAUCGUCAACGUGGAAAAUUUUGGUUUCCUUACCCCGGACCCGACAGAGAUGUAAAUGACAUGUCCCAAAGAUAUUUAUACGAGAAGAAUGGGAAGAAACCAUAUCACUGCAAACUAUAUACGAAAACACCGAUGUUUUUCCAGAUGUUAAUAAUUGUACCAGCUAUGUUCCUCUAUUUUUAUCUUUGCUACUUUAAGUUCUUCAGGAAUUGGCUGGUCAAGUACCCACGGUUCUUCUCGUUAGGCUAUGUGUCACAUAAAGGCCCAACCGAAAAAAUUGCCAAAGAAACGAAAUUUAAAUUGAGCUUAUUAGGGAAAGGUGUUGGCAGUGAUUCAAAAGAAAAAUCUUUAACUGUACAAGUUUCAGGUGCUGACCCUGGAUACGAAACGACUUCUAUAGCAGUAGUAGUAUCUGCUUUAACCAUUUUGUUACAAAACGACAAAAUACCAAAGGGUGGAGUGCUUGGUGUUGGUGCUGCCUUCCGAGAUACAAAUAUAGACGAAAUGUUAAUGAAGAAUAAAGGACUACAAUAUGAGAUUUUAAAUUAG